GCGGUGGGAAAGAAAAGGCGCCAGAACGGGUCAAAGAAGACAAAGUAGAGACAGAAAACAGAAAAGAAUUAAAGAAUGGACAGUAGACAGCUGCUGGGUAGGCUGUACUGGCUCUAGUGUGUGGUGAUCAACGAACACGGAGUCAAUUUCGAAGCAAUUCAACCCUUCCAGGAACCUGUAAAUUAAUAUUCACCUUACGGAAACAAAAACAAAGCAAAAAACCAAAAUGAGUAAAGAAUUGAGAAAAGUGGAGAUGAAAGAGGCUGCCAAAAAAAUUGAUCGAGUGCUGAUGGGAAAUCUAGCUGACAUUGAAGAGAAGCUGAGCCAGAUUCCUGGACAGGUCUUCGAAGAACCGUACAAGGCGGACUUUGAAGAUAACGAAACGAAUUCUAUCAAGACUGAAAUCCUCCGCCUAGCCAGCGAGUUAGUGAAUGGAGUUGCUGUUAAUGAGCAGAAUGAAGAGGAGCCCAUCCUCUCUGAUUACUCUGGAUUAGGACUGGCAAACGUGGCGACGCAAGCUCAAAAUUAUCUGAAACAGCUGGUGACGGAGCAGACGCAGUUUUUGAAGAAGUGUGAGGAAGAGGAGACGGAGCUUGAUCAGUCCUGUGCCAUGCUUGCGAAGGCAAUCGCUGCCAUGGAGAUCCGCCUGCAGAGUGGAGAGGACAUCGGCGAGAUGGGCAGGCUGAAAGAAGUCACUCCGGAAGAGGAGAGAGCACUUCUCGGGAAAAUCAAAGAGAAAGACACCGAGUUGCAGGAGUCCCUGAUGGGUGUGAUUCAGCAUGUGUUUGGCCAAGAUGAAGAUCUAGCUAGUGAAGUGGUUUCUGAACUGUGCAAUAAAGUGCUGAAAGAAAGUGGAGACCCGUACAUCCAAGUGACUGAUGAAAACAGGAAAGUCAUCUCACUGCUUCGAGCAGUUGGAUUGGUGCUUGACCAUCCCCACAACCCUUCCAAAGUGAAACUUAUUAUUGUAGCCUGAUGGAAAACCUUGUAAAAAUUACGUUGAAACUCCUAUUCCACUCACAAAAUUAGAUAGGCUGCAAGCUGCUUAAUUUUUAGGGUUGGAAUAGAAACAAAAAAUAUCUGAUUAGACAUCUUAAAAAAAAUGAAGGAAACCCAGAACCAAUUUUGUAAUAAAGCCAAAAAUUUAUAUAUGAAAGUAAGUUAUUAUUGAAUGUAAAAUAAAUAUAAUUAAGUUCAAGAGGAAACUUGUACAAAUUUUUGUAAUAAAGCCGAAUAUCGUGAGUUAA